CCAAGCACACAAAGUGACAGAAAGAAAGUAGUCAGUCCUCACUGCACAUACCAGGUCUGCACACAGAUUUUGAUGGACCCAUCCCACACUGAAUCAUAAACAACGACACACAAACACCAUCUUUUUCAUCUUCCUCCUCUCCUCUCAUCCCAUCGCAUCUUCUUUUCCCUCUAUCAUGGUGAUCGCUGCAGCAGCUGCAGCUGCUUCCUCGCUCCCCCUCGGUGCUUCCCAUUGUCAACUAAGCCAGGCAGAUAGAAUUUGCUGCUCAACACCAUACGGGUUCACAAAUGGUUGGAUCAAAUCUCCUAUUAAUAGUUGUAGAUCUUGUGACCUUUCCAGCAUAAGGUACAGAAAUCCAUUUUUUGGAUCAACACAGUUUCAAUGGUCAUCUGUGGACCGUGAACUUUGCCUUUUGAAAGUUUCAGUUGCUGCUGAUUACUCUGAUUCAGUUCCUGAUUCAUCUAAUUACACAAGUCAUCAAGGUUAUCAUCCACUAGAAGAAGUGAAAAUCAGCAAAAGGACACGUGAAACUCAGCUCACCUCUGCUGAAAUAGCAAGGACAACUGUUGAGGCUAACACCAGUGCUUUGCUGGUCUUUCCUGGAUCUGUGCACUGUGAACCACACAAACAAAUUUCCUGGACUGAAUUUCAGUAUAUCAUUGAUGAAUAUGGAGAUAUAUUCUUUGAAAUUUUUGAUGAUAAAAAUAUCUUACAAGAUCGAGGAGCUAGCAACCUUGUGAAUGUUUUGAUCGGGAUGGAUAUCCCAAUCUAUGAAAAUAAAAAGGUAGCCAAUGAAUACAGUAUUUUCAACAUUGGCAGUGAAGAUGAUUUACCAUUCGACGAGGAUUACUUUGAGGCAAUGGAUUCUGAAGUUUCAGUUGAUUGGGGAAUGCCAGAUACUUUCAGCUUGGUUCAUCCUAUUUAUUUUUCCAAGUGCAUGACAAAGGCAAUCAAUAUGGAAUACUGUAGAAAAAUGGACCAUCCAUCAAAUGGUGUUUCUAUUGUGGGUUGUCUGCGGCCAUCUUUUGCUGAUGAAGAAUCAUACUUAAGAAGGUCAUUUCACUGUGAAGAUAGUGAUGGCUGUAAUUCAGACUGGAAAGAUGGAGAAAUUUUGAGCUUUAGCUCCAAAAGCGAUGGAAGCAGCUCUGGCUCAACUCUCCACCGUUUGGAGAUCUUGAGAAUAGAGCUAUUUUCGUUGUAUGGGUCUCAGUCUGUGGUUAGUUUACAAGAUUUUCAAGAUGCAGAGCCUGAUGUCCUUGCUCCCUCUACUUCAGCAAUUCUAGAGCACUUCAGCGGGAAGGGAAGUAGAUGCAAUGUUGCUCUUAAAGCUCUUUGUAAGAAGAAGGGUCUUCAUGUUGAGGCAGCUAAUUUGGUUGGGAUUGAUAGCCUUGGCAUGGAUGUUAGAAUUUUCUGUGGGGUGGAAGCACGAACUCAUCGAUUCCCCUUCAAAGUCCGGUGUCCACCACUCUCCCCUGACCUUUGAGCACUUCUUUAGAAUUCAUUAUAAUGGUACGAUCCUCUGCCCUCUGAUUUAAGGUUGUUUCUCCACAUGUGAGUUCUUUUAUAUGAGAGGCACUGAAAAUGUAACUGGUUGAAGAAAUGGAUGUUUCAUGUAUCAAGGGGAAUGUGUGCUUGUAUUCAAGUGCAUUUGUUGCAACUUUUUUAGUUAUGCAGGAAAACUUGUACUCAAUAACUUCACAAGCAAGAAACAUUUGAGUUUUAUUGGUGCCUUUGGAAUUAAUAGAGGCAUCCAUUGUUCUUGAAAUUGAGCGACAUGCUCUUUGGCGGGUCUUGACACAAAGUAUCCAGGAUAAAAGGUUACACUUUUGUUGAUUUUUUGUCUAUAUAUAAUUUGCAGGCUACCUGUGAAGUUGCUGCACAAAAGCAGAUGCAUCAGCUGUUGUUCCCUCGGUCUCGCCGAAAAAAGUUUAGAAGUCACGAAGAUGAGCUUGGGGACUCCAAGUCAUAGUUCUCUUCAUGUAACUAAUCUUAAUGAGGGCCUUAUUCAUAAAAUAAAGUGCAGGCUUAGUUCUCUUUUUUCCCCUUUGUUUUUAAACCAAGUGGAGAUUUGUCAGCAACAGGUUGUGCUAACAUAUUUGUACAUUAUUUCAAUAAAGGACCAGCGGGAGCUAUCUUGUUCCUCCAA